CAAGCUUGAUAACUUACAAGAAUGGCAACGUCAAGUCGAGUUAAUCUGAGUUACAAGGAUGUUAUCUUUUUGUUUAUAUUUUUCUAUUACCUAGUAGAUAUAGUCCAAGCGGAAAAGUUCCUUCCAAAGAUUGUAAGUCCAUCCGUCCCGAUUCCAUCGAUGAAAUCCGAUGAACUGGCAUCUGUUCAACCGCAAGGUAAUCUUGGAUUUAUACAUGGAUUUAUUGCUUCCCUCUCGGUUAUCAUCGUCUCCGAACUUGGCGACAAAACUUUCUUCAUUGCUGCGAUUAUGGCAAUGAGGCAUCCACGGCUAACGGUCUUUGCUGGAGCAAUUACAGCCCUAGCCCUUAUGACAAUACUCUCAGUUAUAUUUGGAUACAUAGCCACUAUAUUUCCAAGAGCCUAUACAUAUUAUAUUUCAACAGCACUUUUUGCCUUGUUUGGCAUUAAGAUGUUACGAGAUGGUUACUAUAUGUCAUCCUCUGAAGCUCAGGAGGAAAUAGAAGAAGUACAAUCUGACUUAAGGAAACGAGAAGACGAGUAUGAGAAAGAAGCGGGGACUGCAUUGGUUCAAGAUCCAGAGACCGGUGCGAUAAAGAAAUCUCAGAAAAUGAGUAUUUUUAUGCUGCUGUCAAGAAUUUUCUUGCAGGCAUUUACUCUUACUUUUCUCGCCGAAUUCGGCGAUCGCUCCCAGUUGACUACAAUAAUACUUGCUGCUCGUGAGGAUGUAUAUGGUGUGGUUUUGGGAGGAAUAUUAGGACAUUCGCUCUGCACAGGACUAGCCGUACUUGGAGGGCGUAUCAUUGCCCAAAGAAUAUCAGUACGCACUGUGACGAUUAUCGGCGGUCUGGUUUUCCUCCUUUUUGCGCUGACGGCGCUUUUUGUUAAUCCAAAUGAGGACAUUUGAGUAUGAUCUCAAUAUCCAAUGAGCCGGAAUGAUGUCUUGUUUGUAUAAUAUGCAUUUGUACAUAUGUGUCUAUGUUUGCGCAAAGCAUCAGAAACCCAAUGUACAUACAUAGACAUAAUUGGCAAGAAUCACUGCUGGCGCCCAUAGCAAAAUUAUAAUUUUGAAUAUGGACAUAGCUGGCAGUUUUUGUUAAAAGCUUCAUUCACUGGUAUAAGCUUCUGUAACCAAAGGGUGCCGUACAGAGUCACCGCAAGACUUUGAGUCCUCAAGAUCAAGAAUUGCAGGAACGGUAUCACGUUCCUGUAUUAUUUCAGGUAUUAGUGUACCCCUUCAGGGUAAGAUACAAUGUUUUUUUUUUUUUAAAUACAUUCUAUAGUAUUAUAAUUACCUUGGGGACAUUAAUAUAUUUUUGGUAUCAUAUGAUUUUUUCCCUCCCCGAGAAGUAUCGCAUCACAUUUGUAGAUAGAUCUGUACCGUUAAAAGUUAUCGAAUGGUAAUUUCUGUUAACCUGUAAAAUGAUAAGGCGAAACCAGAAUUAUCCAUCUCGUUAGAUACUUAGGUGAUAAAUAAAAGUCGUAUCCCGUUAUCGUGCGACGCUGAAAUCAAAUGAGCGAACGAUCUCGAAUUUUAUUUUACCGCUUUAGGAACGAAAGGAAAAUAAGUCGAGCAGAUUAUACUUUAACCGAACAUGCGAGUAGGGAUGCGUAAUCCGCCAGGUAGCAAAUGUACGAGGUGCUUUCAGAUUGAAAUAUUUUUUUACUCAAACGGGCGCAGAGUAACCCCUCGACGAGGCGAACUGUUAUAGGAUCGAACGAUGUGCAAAUAUGUAUUAAUACAAACGUAUUAGACAAUGAAACAAAUCCGAAGUAGGGAUGCGUGAAUUCCGCGAAUCGUGGAAGAGUACCAUCAGGUAUAAGGAAGAACCGCAAUUGUUUUGCUUUUGUAAACCGUCUAAUCAGACUUUAGUCGUCCGACGAUUGUUAUCCAAAUAAUUAUACAUGGAUUACAUGAUAA